AAUGAACAAAGACGAUGUUCAAAUGUGGCCGUAUCAUCAAAACUUUUAAAGUUUGUAAUUACUCAAUUAUAUUAGAAUAUGUGUAAUAAUUGAAACAACAGGAAAACAUCUUGGUUUCGAUAUACUCUACGUGUCAAAUGUGACAUGAACCUCGACUGAACAGAAGAAAACACUGCAAGAUUAGCUCCCGUCUUCUCUGACUAAAUAUUGUGGGACUGUAUUCGUCAAAUCAACACCACUACUUCGUUGAAGGACAUGCCCCGAAAUGCAUCACAGGCGGAAGUGAAAUUGCCGUCGAGGUCACACAUACACUGAGUGGCCGGCGGAGUUGUUCAAUCAAACAUUACCUUCUUAGUUAGUUCGAUUUUUGAAUUUUAUCAGAACGGAUUAUUGAUGAUAGUGCUCGUUUUAUAUUACGGCAACGUCAGACGGCUUGCGGAGGGAUGGAAAAAUCUGGGGAUGGAAAUGGAAAGGCCGUUCGUAUUAUCCGGAUGGGAACCAGAAAAAGCCAGUUGGCCCGGAUCCAGACAGACUAUGUCAGAGACAAGCUGAAGGAGCUCUAUCCAGAUGUCGAACUUCAGAUAGUUGCCAUGUCCACAAUUGGAGACAAAAUCCUGGACACUGCCUUGUCAAAGAUUGGCGAGAAGAGUCUUUUCACAAAAGAACUUGAGAAUGCCCUUGAAAAGAAUGAGGUCGAUAUUGUUGUACACUCGUUGAAAGACUUGCCUACUACAUUGCCUCCUGGGUUCACUGUUGGAGCUAUACUAGAGCGUGAAAGUCCUUUCGAUGCUGUGGUUCUUCACCCUAAACAUGCAGGACUUUCACUAGACGUCCUGCCAGAAAGAAGCGUCAUUGGUACAAGUUCACUGCGCCGAGCUGCUCAGCUGAAGAAAAGGUUUCCUCAUCUGGAGUUUGCCGAUAUUAGAGGUAACCUGAACACUCGUCUGAAAAAGCUGGAUGAGAAGGACGACUUUGCAGCCAUCAUCCUAGCUGCAGCGGGACUGAAGAGAAUGGGUUGGGAGAGCCGCACUAGCCAGAUCCUUGACCCAAGUGACUGUAUGUAUGCUGUAGGUCAGGGAGCUUUGGCGGUGGAGGUUCGUGCGAAAGAUACAGACAUACUAAACAUGGUGUCUAUACUCCACCAUCAUGACACGGUGCUUCGCUGCAUUGCAGAGAGAGCUUUUCUUCGACAAUUGGAGGGUGGCUGUAGUGUGCCAGUUGCCGUCAACACUGAACUGAAAGGCACCCUGCUCUACCUAACAGGAGCAGUGUACAGUCUGGAUGGUUCAGACAGUUUGAAGGAGACCAUGCAGGCUAGUAUUGUUCCAGACAAUGAGGUUGUCCGCUCUUCGGAUGAUUGUGCCCAUGUUGGGGUCACUGCUUGCAACAUCUCCGAGUCUGCCCUGGCCUCUGCUGAGAAGCUUGGGGUGGACCUGGCAACCCUCCUGCUGAGCAAAGGAGCCAAGAACAUUCUGGACACUGCGCGGCAGCUCAAUGAUGCCCGAUGAGUCCUCAUCCUGUGCUGUCUGGAAACACGGUGACGUGGCUGUGUGUCGGUAUCAUCUGCACUUACUGACAACUUAUUUACUGCAGUUCUCAGCAAUAAAUAUGUAGUGUAAUUUCCACCUUUUCAGAUGAGAAAGUCUGUAGUUGUACAGGGGAUGACUGACUACUCACUGUCCUCCGAGCUUUAACGUAUAGUCCAAACACUGACUUUUUUUUGUUUUUUUGUAAAUCAACCACUUUGACAAAUGUCAGCCGACAUCAGGCAAACAUAUCAUGCGCAUAUAUGUAACAGAAAAUGUAGUGAAAACAUCGUGUGGAGAGCGAGUCUUUUAAAAUUAAUUUUUUGAUGUCAUUUAAAUCCACACACAUUCAUAUAAUUUUCUUGUCAAUCCUGAAUAGGUACAAAUCCUGCUUUAUAGACAUUAGUUGAUUGUGUGUUGUCUAAAUAUUUUCAGAUUGUUAAAAACUAUUUUACGGCAUUUAAGGGGCUUAUUUAUGACUUUUAAGGAUAUGGUUGGGGUACUCUUGAAAUCUUGUCAGUGGGGGUGUAUACUGUUGUAUAUGCAUGUAAAUGAGAGGCAAUAACGAAAGUAAGGACAACAUUAUUUUAGCACUGCGUCUCCAUGUUUACUGUUAAUGUGCCUUUCAUGUACAGCCUUAUACCGUAAUAGUAUGUGCUUAUGUCAAAUUUUUUAAUAAAAUGAGACUAAGAAAAGACAA